AUGUCCUCAAUUGAUUCUCAAUUAGCCGAAAUUAAUAGAUCGAACAGUGACAUUCGUACAGCUCAACUUAAUACAAAUGAAUUAUGCAUGAAUGAGCAACACCAGUUGGGCGAACAACAUCAACAACAUUAUCCUCAGCCUGCAAUGUAUGAGGAGGACAACGAUAUUGAACAGCGAGAAGGUCUUCUUCGUUCAUUAGAACAAAACCCCCACAUGCUGCGAGAUUUCUAUCAAUUUAUCGAAUUUACACGAGCUCGUAGUGUUCAACCAUCAAUUCAGCAGAUAUGCUAUGGACAAAGUAUUCAAGGUCAACAGCCAAUUCCUUUUAUUUUAAAUAUUAGGACAAAUUUUCCAUCAUAA